AUGGAGGACCCAGUCAACGAGAUCCGCGGCGUCGUCAAGGGGCUUGUCGCUGCCAGAAAUGCUUCGGAACAGAAGUACUGCAUGCAGAGAUACUUUGCGCCCGAUGCUUCGUUCGACCAUGUCCUGUGCACGGUAACGAGCGGACCCAACUCGAGGGACAACGGCAUCUUGCCCAUCUAUCAGUGGCUGAGGGUCAUCUCAAAGUCGGACAUCGAGGUGUUUCACGUCGGCUUUGAUCAACAGACAAACAAACUCUUUAUCGAAGCAGUGCAAACGUUGCGACCUAAUCUCCCUGUCAUCCGAGACGUGAUUGGCAAAGAUGCGCGCAUCGUUGUCGCACUCCAACUCCAACGUGGUGCCGAUGGCAAAUUCUACAUCAAGAGCCAACACGACCUCUACGCACCUCAAGUACUGCCGUUCGGCAUCAUUCCCGGAGGCGAGACGGCGACAAUGCUGGUCAAGAAGAUUGCUGCACUCAAUUGCAUCAUCUUUGUCGGCAUCAUUCAGCUUUUGUUCGGCUACUGGAAGCCAGGCAAGCAUCCGCUUGGCUCGCAUGCCAAACCCAAGUAG